AUGGAGGAUUCAAACAAUUAUGGCCACCACCAUCCUUUGGUACGCUUGAACGAAGAGCAGCUGAUGAGCUAUCCAAGUGGAGUAGCAGCUGACUGCUCAAGGUGUGGGGAGAAGGUGUCUGCUCCAUGUUUUCGUUGUGCGGAGGACUGUGGGUUUUACGUCCACAAGAUAUGCGCCCAGGCACCUGCGGAGCUUAAUCACCCUUUCCAUCAGCAACAGCCUCUUGUUCUCCUGCAAAAUCCACCGUCUAUAUACACAAGGUUUGCUUGCAAUUUCUGUGGCGAAACAUGUGAGAAAUUCGUUUAUCAUUGCUCCUCUUGCCAUUUGGGAUUUCAUAUUAAAUGUGCUUUGUUUACAUUUAAUAUUGCUAAAAGUAAUUUGAAAGAGCUUAAGAAUGUUCCUUUUGAACCCCCAAUGACUUCCACUAAUAAAGAUGAUGAACAACUUGAAGAUGUUCCUAAGUGCUUCGCCUGCUGGGAACCAUUAGCAAAUUAUACAUACUUCUCUACUCAUUGUGGACUCCUAAUUGUGGAUUUAAUCUACAUCAGAAAUGUGCUGAGCUUCCACUCAAACUGA